UCUGUCACAUUUCACGCUGACACCGAGCGAACACUGGGCUCACACACUCGCGUUCAUACACUCUCACAGACAGGGCUCGCAAUAUUAUCGACAGAUCCGAGUUGGGAGUACAGUCGGGGAGAGCGCGUUGAAGUGUGUAAAAGCUGCUUCGUUGAGGGGAACGAGAGGAAAACGCAGGGAACAAAAAAGGAAAAGAAACGAAGGAAAUCCCCCGAAAGGAAAUGCCAAUCGCAGCCGCUGGACAGCCAACGACUCAGGAGCCUCGAGUUUGCCCCCGGCUGCCCUCCACCCCGGAGCCUGUCCCUAAAGGGGCUGAUUUAUUCGACGAGGCGGGGGCGACAGAGUCUGCAGAGCGAAUAGAGUACGGGGGCGCGGAGGGGGGCAGAGGACUCGGGGGCUAUAGUUACAGCCAGAGCGGCGCGAGGGGCUUUGUACAGCCCGGAUCUACCAACGGCUCUCCGCCGCAGUCCCCAGAAGCGUCCUCCUCUUUUCUUUUCCACCCCCUUCACCCCCACCAAAUGACCAUGGAACCUCCAAGGACUCGAUCUCGCUCACGGUCUGGAUAUUAUCAGUCGUGCGGUGUUGGAAAUGGCAAUGGAAUGACCGGCAGCGCAGUUAUGGUAUCUAACCACCACCACCAUCUCCACCAUCAUCAUCAGCAGCAGCAGCAGCAACUACAUCCACAGCAGCAGAACGGUGCCGCUUGCGCACCACUUGGAACUCACAGUAUCCACUCGGAGAACCAGCAGCGAGCCCCAGGAAGUAACGCCUCUCCCGGCAUUCAGAGGCUGUCUUCUGUUCCCGGAGCGCACCGCAUCCCAGCAGCAGGAGCCUCUGGCGGGUCCUACCACUGCCACCCAGACCAUGCGUAUGGAGAGGAGAGCGAUAAGAGUGAGGAAAGCCCCAGUCCAAAGCGCCAGAGGCUGUCCAGUCAGUCUGUCUUGGAACAGCUAACCUCAUCUGCACCCCCACCAUCCACCCCUUCUCCUCCCAUCCGCCCCUGGGAAUCAGGACCCCAAAGUCGGAGACAGUCUCAUCCUCACUCACAUUACCACCAGGAGAGAUGCCUCACUCCAGCCCGGCACAGACGCAGUCCACCAGCAAGACGUCAGCGUGGCCGUCUCUCCAGACCCUCUCGCCACCUGCCUCCUCAUCACCACCCCCCCACCCAAGGCCCCAUAUCUCGUCUGUCACCAUCCGAGCUCCAGGACGAAAACUACCACCACAACCCCCAUCAAUCCACUCCGCAGACAUACCCAACACACACUCCCAGCGCCUACAGUCAGCCUCCUACGUCUGGGGGUGGAGGAGUAGGUUCAGAGGAACCUCGAGCUUUCCAUCCCCCCAGCCUAUCAUCGCGACUACUGCACCCGGCCACUCACCACCAUCACCAUCAUCAGCAACAGCAUCAUUCAACGCAACAGCAACAAGGAGCCAUGGUAAUGGAUUUGCAUGAACAGCUGCAGCAGGGCACUGUACCUGUCUCCUACACGGUGACCCCAGUCCCUACUCACGGUCUCACAGCGCCUUUGUGUAGCAGUCAGCAUCUUCCACCUACCUGCUCCUCACAACAACAGGUCCCUGCCUGCAGCGUGGUCUUCAGCACUGGACAACACUACCACCCGAUGAUACAGGCAUGUUCAGUGCAACAUUUGCCGGUGCCCUAUGCCUUUCCCUCACUGCUAUCCAGUGAUCCUCAGUUCCUGCUUCACCCUCCACCUCACAUGUCUCACCACCCGCCCCACCUCGCCACACCCGGACAGUUCCUGCCUUUCCAGACACAACAGCCACGUUCGCCCUUACAGAGGAUUGAAAAUGAGGUUGAGCUUCUGGGAGAGCAGCUUUCAGUGGGUGGAGGUUUCAGCUAUGCCCACCAUCACCAUCACCACCAUCACCACCAGCCGCCCUCUGCUCUGGCGCCUUCAACACCGCUCCAGUUCCUUUCACACCACGACCCCCUGUCACAGGAGCUUUUUACAGUGCCCUAUCCUCACUUUAUGCCUCGGCGAUUCACAAGCCGGCGUUACCGUUCUCAACAGGCAGUACCACCGUCUCCCUACCACCCCAGCUUCCUGCCUUACUUCUUGUCUGUGCUUCCUAUGCCUCCAAAUGUGGCCCCUGCUAUCAGUCUAGAACUGGAUGUGGAUGAUGGAGAGGUGGAGAACUACGAGGCCCUGUUGAACCUCGCAGAGCGUCUGGGAGAGGCCAAGCCCAGAGGUCUAACUAAAGCAGAUAUAGAACAGCUUCCAUCAUACAGGUUCAACCCCAACAACCAUCAAUCUGAGCAAACACUGUGUGUGGUGUGCAUGUGUGACUUCGAGUCACGCCAGCUUCUGAGAGUAUUACCCUGUAAUCAUGAGUUCCACACCAAGUGUGUAGACAAGUGGCUUAAGGCUAACAGGACCUGUCCUAUCUGUCGAGCCGAUGCCUCUGAGGUACAACGGGACUCUGAGUGACCUCCUAUAAAUAUCCACAAUCCCUGACUCCCUGUCGGAUGCCCCAACCAAUCAGUGAACUUCCUUACCCCUUUACCACAAGCCUUUGCUUACACAUAACUGGGACCAGUGCUCAUUAAUCCUUCACUCUAUCCCACCAGACACUGAAUGGUAAUUCUCACCUGGGAUCAGCAUUUAUAGAAGUGUGGAGACUUUUUGCUGACUCGUGCUUACUUCAUCACUGGACUUCAUAGGCCUUCCGUUUUUGGACUAUUAGACCCUGCUACCCUGCCUUCUUCUGAUGGUUAACGCUCACUAUAAAUGGCCUUUAAAAACACACCCACGACACAGUGUCAUGUGCAGGUGGACAUAUAUGUAUGUAUUUUUUUAAAAAAAAUGGCAUUAUGAACCCUUCUGAAUUGUGAACUGUUAAGUUCUGGUAGUGGAGAGAAGAACAGGCUUAUUUGAAAACCACCUGUAUAGUUGUACUAACAAACACUGAGGGGGGAAAUUGGCAGUCCAAAGAUUAUAUUUUCGUUAUUGUUCUUCUGGUUAUAAUUAAGCAGUCCCAUUUUUGGUGUGCAGAGACUGACCUUUUUAACUAGACUCAUUAUAAUUGUGCAGCAGAAUGAGCCAGUUUAAUUUCUCUGUGUGUAUUCUUGCAUUCCUUGGUUUCUGAGCAGUCUGUAUAGGGUGAAACAAAGAUACUGUACACUGUGUGACAAAGAGUGAGCUACUUUGGAACAGUGAAAAAAUACACUUUAUUUUCUCUAUCCGAGUGUCUGUGCGCGAGUGUUUUUUCAGCAGUGUGAGCCUUUUCACUUGUGGAGAUGUGAGUUUUACACCUCCUGUAGAAUUUAUGCAGCCUAUGUGGUACAGUGCAUUUACUUCCAAAAUUGUUUCCACUCUACUUCAGAUUGAUUUAGACCCAGUGAAGGUCAAGGGUAACUUCAGAUCUUCACAACCAAGGUUCUUGGGAAGCUGACUUUCUUUUUUAAACCACACAUUAGACCUUUGAAUCUACAUCUGUUCCUUCUUCUCUAAAACAAGUAUAGGUUUAGUUUUUUCCCCUUAAAAAACAGAAAAUAUAUUUAUCAACAUCUCAACAUGCUCAGUAAGCUCCUCCUCCAAGACAUAUUUGAUAAAUAUGGUUGAAUUAAUUAAAACUCAACAAUUUCAUCAAUCCUCAGUAUAUUAUAAUUUUAAUGGGAAUAUGGUAUUUAAAAUGUGACUGUCUGUUUUUGGUACCUUUCUAUACUUUUGGCAGGUAGCGAUUCCAGUGUUUUCCCAUCACUCACGGGGAAGAAGUUUAAAGAGUCUUAUAAGGUCACCGUUAAAUCUACUUUGGUUCACUGGUGGAUUUUUCACUUCAGCACUUUAAUAUGUAGAUUUAUGACCUAUACACACUCUUUUCUAAGAAAAAGAAGCAUUAAUGCAUAAAAAAAUACAGAUGUUCUUCAAACAUCAUUUUCCAGUAUUUACUACACCCUCAAUAUAUCAGUUCUUUCAAAUUCCCACAGUUCAUUUCCAAAGGUGUUUAUUCUCGGUAUCUUAAUAAUGAUCAUCAGUCAUGAUAUAACUAAUAAACCUCAAGCACAAAUCAGGCUUUCAAAUGUAAAUCCCGAAUGGUCAAUAUUUUUAAGAUGACAAGCUAACAUGGGCCAUAAAAAGUAAAGAGGAAGUUCAGUGCGGCACCUGCAGUGUCUUCCAUCUGACAUGCCUUUUUAACCAAUCUGAUUUUCUCCUGGUAGAACUCGUAUUUCUUCACUGUUGCCACAUCAGAUGGAAACAUUAAUUCAAAGUGGAUUUCUGCUUUCCAGAAUCUGGAAAGAACAUUGGUUUAUCCAAAACACUUCUUUAGUGUUAUCAGACGUUUUUAAAAAGACAACAACUCUUAUUUAAACAAUGGGAAUCAAUGUUUUUCUUCUUCAUUUCUGUACGCAUCCCUUUUGUGUCUUAGAAUCGUUUUUUGUUGGACAGUUUUUCGUUGCUUGAUACACUAGCAAUUACCUCAGUCCCACUAUUUAUGUCUUUUCAGAAAAUGGCACAACCAGUAUGCUUAGUGUGCAUCUGUUCAUUUUCCAUGCAAUUUGUUGGGUUGUUUGAUAUAUAUUCCUUUAAACUCUAUGAAACUUUCAUUAAAGUGGUGUCAUAGUAGUUUCAUUAUGUAUUAUAUCUGUAACCAAAAUCGUUUGAAGGUCUGUUGAUGAUGAUAAUGAAAUUUUUAACAAACAUUUGUACAUUUUGUAUGAGAGUUGUUACUAGUAAUACUUUAUUAAGUAGUGCAAUGAUUUUUUUUUAAUCCCUUACCCUGUCUUUUGGAUUUCAAAAGCUGGUUCAAUAAUAAAUGUAUAAC